UUCCGGUUGUUUGUCUUCGCUUCACCGAGAAUUCCUAGCUGGGCGCAGUGGGCCAUCAAAACAAAAACAACACACACGCAUAGACAGUAGCUAAUGUCAGAUAGAGCUAACUUGACCUUCCUUCGAUAUCAUUUUUCUAGUUCACCAUGCUACUGAAGUCAUGUUGCAUUUACAGCACCGGAGCUUUGUCUAUACUGCUUCUGAUCGCGGGUAUUGCUUUGGUCUUGUCUAACGUGUUUACACAUUUCGUACAGUCGGCCGUUGAGAAGGAAGUAGUUUUGAAGAAUGGCACUGAGGCAUUUGAGGCCUGGAAGAAUCCACCCGCCCCCAUUUACAUGCAGUUUUACUUCUUUAAUCUGACCAACCCCAUGGAGGUGCUGGAUGGGGAUCGGCCUGCUGUGAUUGAGAUUGGACCAUACACAUACAGAGAGUACCGGCCUAUGGAGCAAGUGGACUUCCAGGAUAAUGGCACUAAAGUAGCAGCUGUCAACACUAAGACCUACAUAUUCCAGCCUAAUAUGUCCCGAGGUCCAGAGAGUGACCUCAUCAGGACGAUCAACAUCCCUGCAAUGACGGUGAUGGAGCAAUUCAAGGACCAGACUAUCAUCGCCAAUCUGAUCUCCUCCUACAUGAAGGGCACCGGGGAAGGCCUGUUUACCACCCACACAGUGGGAGAGCUGCUCUGGGGUUAUGAAGACGGCCUACUCAAAGCCCUCAGAACUUUAAGACCCGAGCUGGAUGAUGUUUUUGGACUCUUUUAUAAGACCAAUGCUUCAAACGAUGGUGAUUAUGUCUUCUUCACUGGACAGCAAAACUACAAGGACUUUUCCAGAGUGGAUACAUGGAACGGUGAAAGCAAGCUGAAUUGGUGGUCAUCUGAUGACUGCAACAUGAUCAAUGGAACCAACGGAGCAUUUUUCCAUCCAGUCAUCACCAAGAAUGAGACACUCUACAUGUUCUCCUCUGACCUGUGCAGGUCUCUGUACGCUGUGUAUGAGGAGGAUGUGACGGUGAAGGGGAUCCCUGGGUAUCUCUUCAGUCCCCCGAGCAAGGUGUUUGCCAAUCAUACCGUGAACCCAGCCAACGCAGGCUUCUGUGUCCCUGCUGGAAAUUGCCUGGGCUCUGGCCUACUGAAUGUCAGCCGAUGUAAACAAGGAGCUCCCAUCAUAAUGUCUCCACCACACUUCUACCAGGCAGAUGAGAAAUAUGUUCAGGAUGUAUUUGGUAUGAGGCCUAAUAAGGAGCAGCACCAGACUACGAUUGUUAUCAAUCCGCUGACAGGAAUCAUCUUGGAAGCAGCAAAGCGGCUUCAGGUCAACGUGUACCUCGAGAAAAUUCCCACCUUCAGCCAAACAGGAAACGUGAGGACAGUGAUCUUUCCUGUGGUUUUUCUUCUUCCAUCUUCUCAGAGCGUUGUCAUUGACGACGCAUCAGCCAUGAAGCUGAAGGCGAUUGUUGUUAAGCAGAAUGUCGUGGUGAACAUUCCGUUCAUGCUGAUUGGUCUAGGCAUCGUUCUGGGAGGAGUCUUCAUGUUCCUGAUGUGCCGACAGAAGGUCCCCGAGAGCACUGCAGCUGAACGACAGCCCCUGCUCUCAUCAUAGCACCAAACAGUAUGUAAAAGGAGAAGGAUUGCCAUAUUCACAGUCUUCUACCAUUUUUUUCACCCAAGUAAUAGUUUGCAUUAAUAACCACAAUUCCACCUUUUAAUCAGUUGUUUUAAUCUAAUUGUUUUAGGAAACAAAGUGAAGAGGUUUGUUACAGGGUUAUUGUCAUUGUGAUCCUUACGAGAAUCCCUCUUUUUUUAAAUGAAAUAUUUCUCUUUUUUACGGCUAAAUACGGGAUAAUGGUUUGAAACAACGUGAAUUGAGUAAUUUAAAUCUCCCACACAAUAUAAUUUGAAUUGUCUGGAGAGUUAGUCCUGACAUAAUUCAACCACCAGGAAUUUAAGUGAAAAGUGUGUGUGUGUGUGUGUGUGUGUGUGUGUGUGUGUGUGUGUGUGGUGUGUGUGUGUGUGUGUGUGUGUGUGUGUGUGUGUGUGUGUGUGUGUGUGUGUGUGUGUGUGUGUGUGUGUGUGUGUGCGGCUCAUAAAAUGAAUGGCUACAGAACUAAAUUAGUGUUAGAAAUUGGCCAAUAAUCCAUUUUUAGCACGGUGUGGUCAGAUUCUUGAGGCAUCAGUAAGAAGAACCGCAAGACAAAUAUCCUUCAUUUUUUCACAUCAAUAUUUCACAUUUUUGUAUUGUCCCAAAGUUUAUAACAAAGUCAAACUGUUCAAAACAACUCCUGGCAUAAUAUUUUAUUAAUUUUAAGAUUAUUUUUUGGGGGCAUUUUUAGGCCUUUAUUUGACAGGUUAGCUGAAGACAUGAAAGGGGGAGAGAGAGGGGGGGGGGAUGACAUGCAGCAAAGGGCCACAGGUCAGAGUCAAACCCGGGCGUCAAGGAGUAAACCUCUUUGUAUGGGCACCCGCUCUACCAACUGAGCAAUCUGGGUGCCCCUAAUGUUUUAUUCUUUAUGUCAUGAAUCUAUAGUGAACUCCACUUCCUUUAAAAACCAUGUACUCUGUGUAACCUUCAGUGGAAAUCCAGUAAUCCACGAUAUAUGUAAAUAUAAUGUGGAAUCACAUUCAAAUAGUAGUAAUUCAACAAUAGCCUAGUGUGCUGUACCAUGUCUUGUGCAAUAUUUUCAUUUUACUAAUUCCAAUUAGACAUGAAUGUGCGAUUUUGAGUUUUUCUACUGAUAUGAUCAAAUCAGUGCAUGAAACAGCGUUAUGCUAGUACUACUGAUAAAUAUUUUGCCAAAUAAAAAAUUAUUUAAGGUUUUUCCUUUUAACCACUAGGAAUUGCACAUUGUUUUUAUGGUUAAACUCUGCUCUUCUAAUCAGCAUUUUAUCGGAUUAUUUUGACUUAAUUUUCUUUAGUUUGGCAAUAUAUUCUGUCCAGAAUUAUGUAGAAUGUCACUACAAUGUGUAAUUUGUUAUUUGAAUAACCACUGUUUCACGCACAUUACUGACAGGCUGUCUUGUGUUAAUGUUUGUUAUGGUCUUUUUUUCAUAUGUAUCAGAGAUUAUUGUUUACACAACUACUCCUACAUAGUAAAAUCAAUAUGUAAUCACUGUUAACAUAUUUUCAAUAGGUCACAUAUUUAACAUAUGCACAUUGUCUUGCCAUUUACUACAACUUUAAUAAACCUGGUGUGCUUCACAUUCUCUCU